AAAAAAAACCUAAGGUUGGAGCAACUUUGCAUGGAGAAUACAAGUAUUGAUGACACACGAACUCUUGUGACUCAUUGAAACCGAAUUGGUAUUAUCUUGUGGCAAAGCGUUCCGAUCAUCAAAGUUAUUACAAGCCUUCUUUCAUAAAGAACUUUGCCUAAACGGGCAGUUCACAUAUCACUUCCAGUGACUAUGCUACUAGCAGAAGGGACCAGUCGAGGAGGUGUUAGUGGGAGUGCACCAACAAAUGGAGGCGAAUUACACAUGCCAACUGCUGGGAUACCGUCAGAUUUUAUUCCAGUUCAUCCAAUGGGCGUCAAACCACUUGGGAACCGAUACUUCGCAUCUGGUCCAACGGCUCGGCAGUCUCUCGGUUUAUUAGCUAGACUUCCGGAUGAGAUGAUAUUGCAGAUACUCGAAUAUUUUGAUAUCGAGACACUGAAAGACGUCGGGUUUACUUGUCGUUUUCUUUAUGCUUUUUGUCACCUCGACGAACUUUGGAAAGCAUUAUUUCUCGAGACUGGCUCCCAGCCGCUCGCCUGGCAAGGUUCAUGGAGAGGCACGCUUCUAAAAGCUCCCACUGGAUGGCGCCCUAGGAUUGACUGUAGCAAUGUCUUUUCCGAUGUCAUUCAUAGGCCAUUCGCUUGCACCUACAUUGCUCUUGGGAAAUAUAUAUCCAGUAUUCCUCGGGCAAAUCAAAUCAGCAGGUUGCAGCAACUCGGCUACGAUGAUUUCGCGCAGAACUGGAGCGGUAAGCCAUUCAUAUUGACAGAUUGCAUUCAACGCUGGCCGGUAUGCGGUGACUGGAACAUCCAGGAGCUAAAUAGGGGAUAUUCGGCCGUCGAGUUCCGCGCAGAAGCUGUGGACUGGCCAUUCUCGGUUUAUCAUGAAUACAUGUCUAAUAACGAGGAUGAAAGUCCGUUAUACCUAUUCGAUAAGGGCUUCGCGGAGAAGAUGAAUAUUCAGAUCGGGCAUGUUACAGAUGCGGCAUACUGGCCCCCUGAGUGUUUUGGCCCGGACUUAUUCGAGUUGCUUGGAGAAGAAAGACCAGCUCAUCGAUGGCUCAUUAUCGGACCUAAGCGUAGCGGUUCGACUUUUCACAAGGAUCCGAACGCCACCAGCGCCUGGAAUGCUGUUUUGGAAGGAUCGAAAUACUGGAUUAUGUUUCCACCAACAGCGCAGGUUCCCGGCGUCUACGUUUCAGAGGAUAGCAGUGAAGUCACUAGCCCGCUGAGCAUAGCUGAGUGGUUACUCGAGUUCCAUACGGAAGCACGUGCGGUACCGGGCUGCGUGGAAGGCGUUUGCAAAGCGGGAGAGAUUUUACACGUGCCUAGCGGCUGGUGGCAUUUGGUUGUGAACCUUGAGGCUGGUAUAGCCCUCACUCAAAACUUCGUGCCUAAGUCACACCUAGCAGAUGUUCUCUCUUUUCUUAGAGACAAGCCAGACCAAGUGACCGGCUUCAAAAGUAACAUUGAAAGCCCAUAUGACCUCUUCGUAGAGCGGCUUAAGACCGAUUACCCUAAACUUCUUGACGAUGCUCUUGACGAGCUAGAACGGAGGAGUUUGACAAAGAAAAGAAAAUGGGAGGAGGCUAUCGGGAAGAAGAGUGACGAUGAGAAUGGUGAUGGUGGUUUCAGCUUCGGCUUUGGAGGUGACUCCGACGAGGAGAUACCUUAGAAUAGACGAUGAAAUAAGAUGUUUAAAACCCCCCGUUUUAAAACUCCUCACUAGACGUGGGGGUAUCACAAGAGCUACAUAUGUAUGUCGGCGUUUCUGACCCUUGGAUGAUAAGGCCGCAUUCAUCCCCGGUCAGCUUUUCCUCUCA